CUAUAUAUUUCCCUAAUCUCUGAUUAUGAUUUGUGUUUUUUUUUUUUUAAAUAUUAUUUGUAUUUUAUUGUGUUUAUGAAAUAUGAUAUAAAUUUUAAUACAGCCAUGUAUUAAGUGUGGUUUUUGCAGAGCAGAUGAUCAAGAUGAUAAAACUUAAAAUAUUAGUAAUAGGUCCUUGUGAGAGCGGCAAGACAACAAUAGCUAAUCUACUAGCAGAAGCAACAGAAAAUGCAGUUGGUGAUUACCGUCCUACUCAAGCAGUGAGGAUACUUGAGUUUGAAUGCCAAAAUUUAAAUGUAAACAACACUUUGUUAGGUUGUGAAAUUGAACUAUGGGAUUGCAGUGGAAAUCGCAGGUUCGAGCCGUGCUGGCCGGCCGUGAAGCAGGACGCCCAGGGGGUGGUCCUGGUGUACAACCCCUCGGCGCCGGACCACCCCCGCGAGCUGGAGCUGCUGCACAGCUACUUCGUGGCACAGGCGGGGCUGGGUCCGGGGCAGUGCCUGCUGGUGGCCCACCUGCGGCAGGCGGCCGACCGGGACGCCAGGGCCUCCGUCAAGCUCUCGAACGCGCUGGCGAGGCUGAAGCAGGUGUCGUGGAACACGGACGAGGGCAGCAGCAGGCUGCGGGCGGACUUCAGCGGGUUCGUGGAGACGCUGCUGGGCCAGGCCAGCAGCCGCAGCGACCAGGAGGAGCUGGGGAUCCUCGGCUCCCAGCGCCCGCCCGCCUGAGCCAUCAUCCUUCACAGCUGCAGCACCCGACCAUUUCUUCAAGGCACUGUGUUUGGAUGUGAACUCACCUGCAAUUUUAUUUUUGUCUGGAAAUAAUAGAUUACACCAGUGAGGCACUAAAAUUCUGUGUGAUUUAAUAACAGUGCAGAUGUUAAUACACGGUGGACUACAUCAGGAGUAGAGGAGACACUUAUGUUUAACAAUUGCAAAGCUUCUGGGGAGCGGACUGCGUUAUGGGCGAGUGCGUAGCCGGGCGGUGGCGAAGGGCAGGCGUCCCUGGCCUCCGCCCCCUCGCCGGGCAAGAAGCUGGCCGAGGACCUGAGCCCGUGCCGCGCGGUGCUGGAGGAGUCGGAGCGCCACGACGAGGCGUGGCCCUUCCUGCUGCUUGUCAACACCAAGCAGUUCCCCCGCGCACCGCAAGAUCAUCCGCAGCCCCAUGGACCUGAGCAGAUACAAGUCCCGGGAGGAGUUCUGCGCGGACGUGCGUCUCAUCUUCAACAACUGCGAGACGUUCAACGAGGACGACUCUCCGGUGGGGAAGGCGGGCCACAACAUGCGGAUGUUCUUCGAGAUGCGGUGGAACGAAGUGUGCGGCAGCCACUCGAAGCCCGGCACGCCGCCAUAACAUGUCGCAGAGCACAGACGCAACCGCGCGCUCUCCCCCCUCGUCCGUGUUCCCUCGCGUCGCCCUCUCACGUCAGUGUGUGGUCACAAUAAGUGGAGUUGUUUUCGUUCUUCCUAUUUACGUGUUAAAUGCAUAUGCUUGUACAAGUGAGAAAUUUCAGUUCUUGAACACUAUAAAAACAUGCAGUGGACUGUUUAUUCUAGUGUUUGUCCAAAAUAAUUAUAUAAAAAAAAUUAUUUCUUCUUAAUUGGACUGUUUGAAGUAAUGUAAUCGUAUUAUAUAUGUCUGAGCAAGGAAAUAAUUGGUUGUAAUUUAUCAAAUAAAACUUGUUGGACAAUA